GAUUGAGCCAACGAAUGGCAGCUCUGACAACUAACAAACUCUUCAGUAGAAGCGGGUGCGUUUUUGGGGUUCAGAAUAACCUGCAGUCUAACAAUCGUGCUUUUCGUGUAAAAUGGCUUGAUCAAUCUACAAACGAACAAAAACUUACAUUGAAAUAAUAAAAUACAAAAUCUAUUAGACCCACAAGUAGGCUAAAUUAACAAAAACAAAAGUAACAUCCGUUUUCCAGUUGUGGAAUUCUACACGAAAAACAGUCCAAACAUGAGUAUCCAGUCCAACAUCAACAGAGAGAUCUUUGCCCCCUGUGAUCACAAACUGCUGGUCGCCAUUGAAGCCAAACGGAGAAACAAGAGAAGGCUCACCUUUCUCUCUUCUGGUCGGGAGGCCAAGUACAAAACAUUUAUAUGCUUAUCAGCGACCAACAAGGCUCCGGUGCAGCUCUUCAUCACAAAGGUGAAGCAGUUUGAGGGAUCCCCUCAACUCAUCAAGAGGUCACAGUGGAAUGUGGACCAGCUCCGACAGGUCAAUGGCAUCAACCCCAAUAAAGACUGCCCAGAGUUUGACCUGCUCUUCGACCGCUCCUUUGACCAGUGGAUGGCCGCUACGGACGCGGAGAAGUGCAUGUUCAUCCAGGUGCUGUACCACGCCUGCCAGAACCACUGGAAGGUCCAGGAUGCCCAGCAGACUCAGGCACAGACUCAGACACAGACCCAGGCACAGACUCAGGCCAAGGCUAAGCCAGGGGAGGCCAGCAAGGACCCACUGCCCCAGAAACCUGCUGCCCCAGCCCCAGCCCCAGCCCCCACCCGCAAAAAGGGGCCCACAGUGCCACGCACCAAGUUCAUCAACUGCCAGUCCAAGCUGAUGGAAGACGCCUGCACAAUGAACAUGGUGAUCUACCGAUGCAAGAUCUUCCUGAACCGCGUGAAAAGCUCCAUGCUGCCCCCACCAAAACGUCGCCCUGCCCCUGGCCAAGCAAAGCCAGCCGCAAAGCCAGCGGCAAAGCCAGUCGCAAAGCCAGCUGCAAAAUCAGCUGGGGUCAAAUCGAGGUCACUGUCCCCUGCGCGGCCAUCCCGGGGUGGUGGCAGCGGCAGCAUGAAGAAGGCUGUGCGUCGGGCGAGCGUGGCGCUGGGGGAGCGCGGGGACAAGCUGCUGCGCGCAGACGACAGGACGGCCCACAUGAUGGACAGCGCCAGGCUCUUCUCCGGCGCCGCCCACAAGUUGGCUCUGAAAUACAGUUGAAGUACAGCUGCCGACAGAGGAGAGGAUGAGGGAGGAGGGGUCUGCAAAUAGACGAGCUGGCCAUCGUCUCUCUGUAGAAAUUCAUGUAAAAUUCACACCUUGUCAUUCACCUCCAUAAUAUCACUAACGCUGGCUGACAAUUGGCUGUGCUCUGCUGUGCUUUUGCUUUUUAUUUCCUCUUUUUUUAUUUUUUUAUUUUCUUGUCGUUGGCCAUGGCUGCCAACAGGCCAUGUCACGGACUGCUCCUCUUCGUUUCAACUGAAGCAGUGCACACAAACUGUCGCCUGUAGCCACAGCACAGAUGACAAGAGUGGCUCCGUCAUCCCCAGGCCAAAAGCAUCAUGACUUCCACCCAGCUGGCCAGAACUGACAGGGGGGCUGGUCACAUGACUCAUUGUUUUGGCACUAGGCGCAUAGACGGACACUAGAUGGAGCCAACGAGCCACAAUGUGUCUAAAUUAGAAUGCCUUUUCAGGCGGCCUAGUUGCUGGCGAUCUGUCUAUCUUGCUGAAGUCAUCAGCGCAUUUUAAUGAUCUUUUAAAGGAAUUUUCAUGGGCUUUUAAGAAGCUCAUGAAUUUUAUGUCUGCUUGAAAAACAAUAUGCCUUGCGGGACAACCCUUAAAGUCUGAAUGCCAACAUAAUGCAAGCUUGAUUGGUCAAAGCAUUCACUUAAACGGAAAGAUUGUUGUUUACUUUGUUUACAAGAGACAUGAGAUAAUGCAAGCACUGUGUUAUAUUGAAAUCGUUAAUGUUUAACUGCCAUUUGUAAUAUACAGAACGAUAAACAGAAGGGAGAGCUGUAAUCUAUUGUAUGCAUUGGAUUAGAGGUUAUUGAGUUGGUGUUUUAUGCUGCUGUGUGAAGACUUUGAUUCAAGGAUGAAAAAGAAAUGGGAGUGGUAUUAGUUAGUUAACCUGACGCGUAUUUUGAAUUUGUUGGUGCUAUUUUGGGAUUUACACUGAAACAAGUGGUGUGCGUGCAACACUACUGUGAUUAUCCUCUCUCUUUACUCCAAAUGAUUUCCCCAGUGCCUUCCAUUUAUUCAGCUAGAUGCAAAGACCCAAAUGCUUUGAACGUCUCCUUUCUCACAGCUGUCGUUUCCGUGUGAAGCCGGGCCUUUUACAGCGCACUGACUGCACAUAAAUGGACUCAGGGCUGGACUGGCCAUCUGGCAUAGCGGGCAUUUCCUCCCAAUUUCUUUUUUUUUUUUUUUUUAACAUUUCUGAAAAUAGGGGCCCACAAGGGUGCGGGGUCCACCGGUGAUUCAGUUCUGCACCGCUAAUUAUGAGGGGGCCCUUUAAGUCAAAAAUGCCCGGGCCCUAUUUCUCCCCCAGUCCAGCCCUGAAUGGACUGCCUCAUCAUAACAGCUUUGUGAGAUUUUUCUAACAUAUGGGCUCUUUGCCGCAUGUGUAGAUGGAGUUCAUUUUAUGUCUGUACACGGUACACUUAGGGAGCUGUUUUUGGUAUGUCACUGGUGCUUGCUCAUCCUACAAAAGCAUUGUACUCACACAAUCAUCAUGUGCCUAUGCUUUAAAAAAAAAAAAAACGUUUUUUUUUUGU